AGUUGGUGUCAGAGAUAAACAGUUGACGUUGUCGUGCAAUGAGCCAUUCGAGCUGAAGUUUGGGAAAGAUUAAGCGAUACUUUUCGUAAUGAAUACUUGGUUGACUCUGAUCGCUUUUAGCGCUUGUUUGUCAGAUGCUGUGGGUCUCCAGUGUUUGAAUGAUGCAGGCAAGCCAGUUGACUGGUUCAUUGUAUACAAGCUGCCAACAAUUCCAGAGAGUUCUCAUCCAUUGGUCAAGGAAGGUGUUGGUCAUUUCUACAUGGAUGUCACAUCUCCGCAGUGGUCAUUGUCUGAUGUCUCAGUGAAUAGCUCAGGACAUGCUGUAUACAACACACUCAAGCAAAUCUAUGGUUCCAGUGGGGGAGAUGUUGCCUAUGUGAUGUACAAUGAUGAGAAACCCACCGGACAGAAGACAGAGUCCUAUGGCCACACCAAAGGUGUGGUGGGGUUUGACAGGUCAGUGGGUUUCUGGUUGGUUCACAGUACCCCCAAAUUCCCUCCUGCAAAGACUGAGGGAUACAAUUGGCCAGAAACAGCACUGCAUUAUGGCCAAUCAUUUCUCUGUGUGACGUACAACUAUAACAGCUUGGAUAUAAUAGGCACCCAAUUCCAUUACAACUACCCCUGGGUGUAUGACUUUAGCAUGCCUGACGGGUUUAAACAAGACAACAUCAAUCUGACCAAGUAUUUAGAGAGCACCUCCAAGCCCCACCCCAAAUCCCCGCCCUGGAACAGCCUCCGCCCACUGGUUUCUAAGGGUGGAGAUAACUUCAUCAGCUUUGCUAAGUUCAACAGUUAUGACGAAGAUUUGUACAGUUCAUGGAUCGCCCCUUUCCUUAACUCACCCCUGAAAACUGAGACUUGGCAAAAUGGCAGAGGCAAACUGCCUUCAAACUGCACAACAAAGCUGUUCAAAGUGUACAAUAUUGAAAAGAUCAGCUUACCAGAGCAAGUGGCUUUUGCAGAGACCAAAGAUCAUUCUAAGUGGGCUGUUACAACAGCUGGCAACCCUCCCUGGGUCUGCAUAGGCGACAUAAAUAGACAGGAGCAUCAGUUAGAAAGAGCUGGAGGCACUGUCUGCUUCAAACAUCAAAUGGUGCACGAUCAGUUUGCCAAGUCUGUAGCUGCGUAUGAAGACUGCAAGUAA